AUGAUGAUUUCGUACAUGAUUGAUGGCCAAGGGUUUUUGAUCACCAACCGCGAGAUCGUAUCGGAGGAUAUCAACGACUUUGAGUACACUCCUAAACCCGAGUACAACGGACCCUUUAUGAUCUUCAACGAGCCAAACGAGCGGGCCGUCCUUGAGAGGUUCUUCGACCAUAUCAAACUCGCGAAACCAACAGUCAUUGCCACGUACAACGGUGACUUUUUCGAUUGGCCUUUCGUCGAAGCUAGAGCAAGCGUCUUGGGAAUCGACAUGUAUAUGGAGAUUGGCUUCCGAAAAAACAACGAAGACAUCUACCAGAGCGACCACUGUGUGCAUAUGGACUGCUUUGCUUGGGUCAACCGAGACAGUUACCUCCCACAGGGUUCUCGUGGUUUGAAAGCAGUCACGGUUGCGAAGCUCGGAUAUGACCCUGAUGAGCUUGAUCCGGAACUCAUGACGCCUUACGCCAGUGAGCGCCCGCAGACAUUGGCCGAAUACUCCGUUUCCGAUGCUGUCGCUACGUACUAUCUAUACAUGAAAUACGUCCACCCAUUCAUCUUCUCUCUCUGCACAAUUCUGCCUCUGAAUCCGGAUGACACGCUGCGCAAGGGUACUGGAACGCUCUGCGAAAUGCUGCUGAUGGUCCAAGCAUACAAGGGCAAUAUUGUUCUGCCAAAUAAGCACAAGGAUCCUCCGGAAGCUUUCUAUGAGGGUCACUUGCUCGAGUCGGAGACCUACGUCGGUGGACACGUCGAAAGUAUUGAAGCUGGUGUUUUUCGAAGCGACAUACCAGUCACAUUCAAUAUUGACCCGACUGCGGUGGAUGAACUUCUCAGAGAUCUUGAUGCAGCUCUGAAAUUCAGUGUUGAGGUUGAAGAGAAGAAGUCUAUGGACGAUGUCACAAACUACGAUGAGGUCAAGGCGCAGAUUGUCAAACUUCUCACUGACUUGAAGGAGAAACCGCAAAGAAACGAAGUGCCCUUCAUCUAUCACUUGGAUGUCGCCUCUAUGUACCCUAACAUCAUGAUCACAAAUCGACUGCAACCAGAUUCAUUGAUCCAAGAGUCAAAUUGUGCAGCGUGCGAUUUCAAUCGGCCUGGAAAGACCUGUGACAGGCGUCUACCGUGGGCGUGGCGUGGCGAGUUCCUCCCUGCUAAACGUGACGAGUACAACAUGAUCCGGCAAGCUGUCCAGAAUGAGCGCUUCCCUGGCAGGACCAAGAAAGCGCCCAUGAGAGCUUUUACCGAUAUGAGCGCCGAUGAACAGGCGGCGAUUAUCAAGAAACGUCUUCAGGAUUACAGCAAGAAGAUCUACCACAAGAUUCACGACAGCAAGACCAUGGUCCGGGAGGCCAUUAUCUGUCAACGGGAGAAUCCAUUCUACGUGGACACUGUGCGUAGCUUCCGAGACCGACGAUACGAUUUCAAGGGAAAGCAGAAGGUCUGGAAGGGGAAAACCGACGCAUUAAAAGCUGCAGGCGCCUCAUCCGCAGAAGUCGAAGAUGCAAAGAAAAUGAUUAUCUUGUUUGACUCGCUACAGCUUGCGCACAAGGUUAUCUUGAACAGUUUCUACGGAUAUGUCAUGAGAAAGGGAUCUCGCUGGUACUCUAUGGAAAUGGCCGGUGUGACUUGUUUGACAGGUGCACAUAUCAUUCAAAUGGCCAGAGAGCUUGUUGAGCGAAUCGGACGACCCCUCGAGCUGGACACCGACGGUAUCUGGUGUAUGCUUCCCGGGUCAUUUCCGGAGAACUUCUCCUUCACUCUCAAGAAUGGCAAGAAGCUCGGUAUCUCUUAUCCCUGUGUCAUGUUGAAUCAUCUUGUUCACGGUCGAUACACCAAUCACCAAUACCAGGCCCUAGUCAAUCCCGCAACAUUCAAGUACGAGACGCACAGCGAGAACUCCAUUUUCUUCGAAGUCGAUGGGCCUUACAGAGCGAUGAUCUUGCCGACGUCCAAGGAAGAAGACAAGAACUUGAAGAAGCGUUAUGCGGUCUUCAACCACGACGGUUCAUUAGCAGAGUUGAAGGGCUUUGAGGUCAAGCGACGCGGAGAGUUGAAGCUCAUCAAGAUUUUCCAGACGCAGAUUUUCAAGUUCUUCCUCGAGGGCACAACUUUAGCUGAGACGUAUGCUGCAGUGGCUCGUGUCGCUGAUAGAUGGCUGGACGUCCUCUACGAGCACGGGUCCACACUAGCUGAUGAAGAGCUUAUCGAGCUGAUUUCGGAGAACAGGAGCAUGACAAAGACGCUUGAGGAAUAUGGCAACCAGAAGUCGACAUCCAUCACCACUGCGCGACGUUUGGCAGAAUUCCUGGGAGAGCAGAUGGUCAAAGAUAAAGGCCUCAACUGCAAGUACAUUAUCUCGGCACGGCCAAGGAAUACGCCUGUCACCGAACGAGCUAUCCCGGUUACCAUUUUCUCAGCUGAGCCCAGCAUCAAGCGCCAUUUCUUACGGAAGUGGCUGAAGGAUGACCCUGGUGAUAUGGACCCUCGGAGCGUUAUAGAUUGGGACUACUAUUUGGAGCGGUUGGGGUCCGUUGUACAGAAGCUGAUCACGAUUCCAGCUGCUCUACAGAAGAUCCGUAACCCGGUACCCAGAGUCGCUCAUCCAGAUUGGCUGCAGCGAAGAAUCAAUAGGCAGGAUGACAGGUUCAAGCAGGUGAAGAUGACCGACAUGUUUGGGAAAUCCGAAAAGAACCCGUUGUCCGAUAUAUCAGCCAACAUCCUUGACCACCGUGUCCAGCACAAUGACAACUUAGACGAGGCCAUGGCCAGUUCAAUGGAGAAGCUCAAAUCAUCGUCCCCGAACAAGGUCUCGCAGAAACGAAAGCAUCCUGAGGGUGCCCAGAAGACAUCUCUCGACCCGUUUGCCAGUCUCCCGCCGAAAAUGCCGUCCAUGACAGAUGAUUAUGUUGGGUUCUUGAAGUAUCAGAAGCAAAAGUGGAAAAUACAAAAGCAAGCUCGACUUCGCCGCCGACAACUCUUUGGUGAGAGGGCAAAUACCGGUGGAGAUUCGUUAAGCCACCUCUUCAGGAACCAAGCUGAACUGCUGUACAUUAGUACAUGGCAAGUCUUACAACUUGCUGAAACAAGCAGGCCUGGUAUCGUACGAGCAUUUGUUCUGAUUGACCGGAAGAUACACGCUCUCACAGUCAAGGUCCCGCGAACUGUCUACAUUAACCUGAAGCAAGAUUCACUGCCUAACGUUGAGGUACCAGAAUGCGAGGUCGAGAAGGUCAACCAUACACUACCAAAUGGGCAUCCCUCUGUUCACUUGUUCAAGCUUACUCUCUCUGAAGACACUUUCCUGCGAGAAGCGGAUAAGAUUGACGCUCUACUACAACAUCCCAGUGUCGAGGGUGUGUAUGAGAGGAACAUUCCUCUGAAUCUCCGGGCCGUUCUGAAGCUGGGGAGUGUGUGUACCUUUGACGAAACACAGCGAGGAGUGCUAGGAGAAGGGUUAGACAGUGGUUUUGACCUCUCGACUCUUUGCCGUACGACCUCUCAACAGACCUAUCUGGAAGAUUCGCCCUUAGCAUAUCAUUACCUGUAUCAUAUCUCCUCCGGCGACAGACAGAUCUUUGCUAUCUUCUCGAGCACGAAAAGCGAAGCUCACAUUGUCAUCCUCAACCGUGCAAGGGAUGUUCAAGGUCUGCCUAAUGUUGACAAGAUUUACUCGGAGCUUCUUUCCCGCAAGCUACAAGAAACGUCUGGCGACCAGGCACAAGGUGCUUUCCAAUAUCAAGAGAAGAUCCACUUCAGAACAACACAGAUUACGACAAGAAGGAAGGCUUACCUUGAAGUGGGUGAUCUGAUCAAGAAACUUCGAAACGAUGAGAGUUAUCCGGCUGUUAUGAUCAUACAGUCACAGCAGAGGACCCGUCUUUGCCACGAUAUUCCAAUCUUGCGAGAAUAUCCUAUUCUCCCGGUGAAGCCGGAAGUGUCAGACAUGAAUCUGCCACCAUUAGGCUGGCAGUCCUUCAUUGCCAGACGACUGGUCACACACUACCUCUAUCUCUCAUCCUGGGUUCAGCAUCUUACAUUGCUCUCCAGAUACGGCGAUGUUCCACUUUGCAACCUCGAGAGCGAUGACCCACGAUUCCUGAUUGAUAUCUCGUAUGCCAGGCGGCUUCAACAGAACAACGUCGUUCUCUGGUGGUCUUCAAACCCAAGACCUGAUCAUGCAGGCUACGAGAAGGAUGAUAUUACCGGCCCAUUGGAGAAGGUUAGUAUGCCGUCUAUCAACGUCCCAAGCGCCUAUACCACCGUAUGUGUUGAGCUAGAAGUUCGCAACCUUGCGAUCAACACCAUUCUCACCUCCUCAAUCAUCAAUGAUGCGGAAGGAGCCGAUUCGCUGCUAGCACCCGCUGAACAAACCGCAGAGGGUGGUACCGGUGUUCUCUACUCAGAAAAGGCAUUUGCAUCGGCCGGUGCAGUCGUGCUACGCGAGAUGGUGAAGCACUGGUGGUCAGAGGCCUGCCAGGGCAACAACAUGGCCGACAUCAUGGUUCAGCAUCUCAUCCGAUGGGUCGAGAGCCCAGCCUCGUGUCUGUACGAUCGCUCACUCCACCAAUACGUGCGGAUGUUGUCAAAGAAAUCCUUCCAGCAGCUUAUGGCUGAGUUUAGGCGAGUCGGCUCAAACGUCGUCUUUGCUAGUCCGACACGUCUCUUACUUCAGACAUCAAAGACGGAAGUCGGGAACGCCUAUGCCUACAGUCAGUACGUUCUAAAGUCGAUACGAGCGAACCCGUCUUUCCACUUUAUCGACCUCGACAUUAAGGAGUACUGGGACUACCUAGUUUGGUACGACGAGUACAACUAUGGCGGCAAAGGAUGUCAAGAAGUGGCGGAGACUGAAGAGCAGCCGCUGGAAACGGUUAUGCACUGGCAGCUUAGCCGAUUCUUGCCAACGCCGAUGCAGACUAUCUUUCAUGAUUGGACUGUGGAAUACAUCGAAUUGAUGCACGGCUUCAAGCGACCAGAAUUCGAGGAUUUGCAUACCCAGCGCCUGACUCAAAUCCCUAUCGGACAGCCAAAUGGAGAGGACAGCGAAGAGCUUUCAGCGGCGCUUGCAGAGAGAUUCUCUAAACCGCUCAAGAAGCAGAUCUCGGGGCUAAUACGCCGUCAGCGGGAAGAGCUGUUGCAUCCAGAGCUGGCAUCGGACUACGUCUUCCCAGUCCUGCCUGGGGUUUUGUCAGACCCUAACGACGAGAAGCGCAACCCAGUACUUGAACUAGUCAAGCUGUUGAUGCAGGUUCUGAGCCUGUCCAAAACAACUGCCCUAGAGACUCGCCUCCUACGUCGUGAGUUGCUCGCGCUAUUCGAAGUCCGAGAAUUUAGCAAGGAAGGCCGCUUCGAGAAUCCGGGCGCUAGCCUCAAGAUACCCGAACUUACGUGCAGUGCAUGCUGUCUGAUUCGCGAUCUCGAUCUGUGCCGAGACGAAGACGUGCUCCCUGAAGCUGGAUCUGAUGCGAGUAACACGACGUCGAAACCAUGGCGCUGUCCCUUCUGUCAGACGGAGUAUGAUCGCUUGGCGCAGGAGGAAAUGUUGAUCGGUCAGGUGUAUGGCAUGAUCGUCGCGUGGCAGACACAGGAUCUCAAGUGCUCGAAAUGUGGAGGGCUCAAGAUCAGUGAGUUCAUGGAACACUGCUCGUGCAGUGGUUCUUGGAAGGAAACCAUGAAUCGGGGUGAUAUUGACAAGAAGUUACGUGUCUUGCAGAGUGUUGCGAAGUUCCAUGAGCUUAAGCUUCUGGAGAAUGUUGUCGAGGAGGUUCUUGGGCAGGUUUGA